AUGAUUCUAAUCUUCCAUGUGAUCACUUGCUAUCAAUAUGGAUUAUUCAACCAAUAUCAUGAACACUUUGGCUCUUACUUAUCCUCUCUUAAUAUGAUUGUAUCAAUCUAUGCUUUCAAUUCCAACUAUGUACCUGAUGAAUAGGAGGAAUUGCUAUUCAAUUGUUUAGUCAAUUUUAGUGCCAUCAUUAUUUUUGCUUACUUUUUAACCCAAUUUAUGUAUUUAUUCAAGAGCAAUAGAAUAUCUGAACAACUCAGUGAGUUUUUAGCAAUAAAUAAAUUAGAUUCCAAUUUGAAAUUCAAAAUUACUAACCAUAUCUUUAAUCAACCAAAAUUCUAUCACAAUUAAUUUAUAUCCAAAUUGUCAGGUUAACUGCUUCAAGAAUUCAAUCACAUUCAGAGAUCCUAAUUACUUACUAAAUAUUUUAAAUUCUAUAAUCAACAUACAAUAAACACACUCAUCAAUUAUUGCGAAGACAUGAUAUGCUAGCCUAACUAAGUCAUAGUGACUGAAUCAGAACACGAUGAUUGUUCUUUGUACUUCAUCUUGGAAGGCAAUUUUAAAGUAGUCAAUAAGAUGGGAGUUUAAUUAUAAAUAUUGGGAUCAACCCAAACUUUUGGUGAAAUUUCUUUUUACACUCAAUUGCCCAGAUCUGCAACGGUAAUAAGUGAAGGUGUAUGCAGAUUGCUAAGAAUCAGAAGGGAAGUCUUCCUUAAAUUGCUAACAUUUAGUGACAAACAAUACUUCUAUAAUCUUAAAGAUCGCAUAUUGAUUCACAAGGACAUGCCUUGUUUAUGUUUCUGUUGCCAACAAAGUGAUCAUCUAGUGACUAAGUGUCCUUUAUUGACCUAUAGACCAGACAAGGAAAAAGUGAUAAAGACCUACAUCUACCCUAUUAAAAACCUCAGGAAAAAAUUUGAUAGAAAGAUAAACAGAGAAAUUAAGGCUUAUGAUUUCUUGAAAGAUGCCGAGGCUAAUCAGGAUUAUUUGUUGUAGUUGUAUUCGGAUAACCAUUUUCAAUCCUCCAAUCAGUUUAGUUAAUCCAAUCUACCAUAUGAUGAUGUAUAUAUUAAAGAUUCCUAUGCUUCUGCAUAGAGUUUUAGUAGAGUAAGCAGAGAGAAAUCGUUGUUGAAGAGCACCUCGUUACUAAAGGAGAAAUCUAUCUAUGAAUAACAACAGUCUUUGAUAAAUGACGUCUUUUUGGAAACUGCAGACAAUCAGUAUAUUGUACAUUAAGGAGAGUUGGACGAUGAUAAGUUUGUCAGUUUGGUGAGAAAGGAUUAAUAAAAGAAUACCUUUGCCACUGCUGGCUUUGGCAAUCUGGGACAGCAAUCAAUUAAGGAUCAAAAAUCAUUGAAUGUCAUUAUCGAGAAUGAGAGUUCAGAAAACUCUCCUUCCUUAGAGAAUGUGUUAGAAUAAGGCAAUUAACCCCAAAGAAACAAAGAUCCUAAGUUGACCUUCAAUUACAAUUUUGAUAAUCAGAUGAGUGAAUUACAGAAUAAGUACUAAUAGUAUUAGAGGAAUGUUUCAGAAUCUAUUAAUAAUUCUGUUCUUAGACAAGAAAAUAGACAAACCUCCAUCAGAUAGAACUCUUCUAGAUCCCAAACUUAUAGUCCUCUUACUUCCAACAACAUUACUGCUAAUUCAUAUCGCUCACAAAUCAAAUAAAAUGAAAACACUCAGACUCCUUCAGGAAAACCGAGGAGAUCCUCCAAUUCCAAUUACACUGUCAGAUCCAUCUCCGGAAUCAAUAGGCAAUAUACUGAUAGUCCAGAGCUACAAAGCAGAAAAGGAACCAAUAGGAAAAAAUCAACCAGAACUGGAACCAAGGUAUCCGUUGCACCUUCUCAAUUCUAACCUUUUAGUGGAUUUGAUAAUCCUGUCAUAACUGUGUUUGGGGACGACGACUUUGAGAAACUAUACUUAUUUGAAGUAUAUCUACCUUACAACAAUUAUGAUAUUGUCAUUUACAAGUUUAAUCAGUACAACAAACAAAAUAGAUUAAAGAAACUAUCGAAAUACUUUUUAUCCUUUAAAUUAGCAGUAUAAAUCUAGAGAUUGAAAGCAAAGUAAUAGUAUAUAAAUUACGAAUUAGACAAAUUAAAUAAUGAUGUUGAUGAUGAUGAUAUAUUUAUUAUGUAUUGA